AUGAAGGAAGGAGGACGAACAGCUUGUGGUGUCAGUCAGGCAAUGCCAAGGACCUGUUCAGUAGACUCUAGGUUUUUCUCACAUAUUUCAUGCCCGGUGCUCAUGAUAUAUAAUGACAUCAAAUGCGUAAUGUCCUUAACUUCUCCUUGCACAUGGUUUGAGCACGUGUCCAUGCUGGUGAUCCUGCUUAACUGUGUGACGCUGGGGAUGUUUCAGCCCUGCGAGGAUGUUACCUGCCAGUCAGAGUGGUGCCGCAUCCUCCAGGUGUUGGACGACUGCAUCUUUGCUUUCUUCGCGGUGGAGAUGGUCAUCAAGAUGGUGGCCCUGGGAAUAUUUAGCGCAAAUAGUUACCUCGGUGACAAGUGGAACCAGCUUGACUUUGUCAUUGUCAUGGCGGGGGUGAUGGAGUAUUCCCUGGAUGGGCACAAUGCCAGUCUGUCAGCCAUCCGUACUGUACGGGUCCUCAGGCCAUUGCGGGCUAUCAACAGAGUACCAAGUAUGAGGAUCUUGGUGACGCUGCUCUUGGACACCUUGCCCAUGCUGGGAAACGUCCUACUCCUCUGCUUCUUUGUCUUUUUCAUCUUUGGCAUCGUGGGAGUCCAGCUGUGGGCGGGACUGCUGCGGAACCGCUGCUUCCUGAGAGAGGACAUAAGAACAAUUUACAAUCUUUCCAUAAAUCCCUACUACCUGAGUGAGGAAGGUGAAGACACCCCGUUCAUCUGCUCGGCUCCUCGUGAGAACGGGAUGCGGCGCUGCCAUGAAGUGCCGCCCUCCUCCGAGGAUGGCGUGGACUGCCUAUUGGCUGCGCCACCCCAGAGCUCCGCUCUCAUUGGCUCACUCCCUGCGGCGGGUGCUGCCAGCGUUAACGGCUGUGUUAACUGGAACCAGUACUACAACGUCUGCCAUCCGGGGGAGUUCAACCCCCACAAGGGAGCUGUCAACUUUGACAACAUUGGCUACGCUUGGAUAGCCAUAUUCCAGGUCAUCACAUUGGAGGGAUGGGUAGACAUCAUGUACUAUGUUAUGGAUGCUCACUCCUUCUACAAUUUUAUAUAUUUUAUACUGCUCAUUAUUGUGGGUUCUUUCUUCAUGAUCAACUUGUGCCUCGUGGUCAUCGCCACCCAAUUCUCUGAGACAAAGCAGAGGGAGAACGCCCUGAUGAGGGAGCAGCGUGCUCGCUACAUGUCCAAUGACUCCACCCUUGCGAGUUACAGCGAACCGGGCUCGUGUUAUGAGGAGAUGCUCCGUUACAUCAGCCACCUUUACCGCAAGCUGACUCGCAGGCUGCAGAGGGUGUACUACGGGUGGCACAGUAAACGACGUAAAAAGGUGAACCCCAAUGGUAGCGGGGGGGGCAGCAUCAGUGGUGGAAAUGGGCAUGGCCAGGGUUCCAGCAGAGGUUCGGGACCGGGCAGCGCGCUCUGGCUGAGGCCAAUCCACAACCUCCUCCAGCACCACCAGCACCAGCACUGUCGCCUGAGCAACGGCGGGCUGCACACCAUCAGCGUGGUGACCGCUCAGCACGCGGACAGAGAAGGACGUGUCGGAGGAGGGGAGGAGCUGGAGAUGAAGUCGCUCCCCGUUCGCAGAGGAAGCGCGAACGGCGAUAAUCCAGCGGCUGAACGGGGGCAUGAACUAUCCGACCAUCCUGCCGUCCUUCUAAGACGCCCCCCCCCCCACUCAAAGCAGUGCGGGCCGAGUCCGGAGCAGCAUCCGCCAAACCACCCGGCCUCUGAACACACAGAGACACUCAACAAGCUUUACCAGCUGAUGGGGCAGCACAAACCAACACCCAAACAACCGCCAGGAAGAGACCCUCAGCUAACUUCUGACCAUCUCAAUCCAUUUGUGUGUCCAGGUCGCCAAAGGCUGCUGUUCCAGCUGGCGGGCGUGGUGCCCAGCCCUCUGCUUCUGGAGCUGCUCAGCUGCCCUCUGUGUGCCCGCAGCCUUGAGACCCUGGAACUGGAACUAGGAGACCUGGAGGGAGGCAAAGGCGGCGACUCUGACGGAUUACACGACUUUCCUCCGGGGGGCGAUCUCAGAGGAGGAAGGGGUCGGUUCAGACGGCGAAGAGCAGCGGAGUACAGAAAUGGAGCUGUUCAAGCUUGGAUCAACUUUAGGGAUAAACUGAAGAGGAUUGUGGAAAGUAAAUACUUCAACCGAGGGAUUAUGAUUGCCAUCCUUGUGAAUACUCUCAGCAUGGGGAUAGAGUACCAUGAACAGCCUGAAGAACUGACCGACGUGUUAGAGAUCAGCAACAUCGUUUUCACCAGUAUGUUCGUCCUGGAGAUGGGCUUCAUGCUGCUGGCUUUUGGCCUGUUUGGUUACAUCAGAAACCCGUACAACAUAUUCGAUAGCAUUAUAGUUAUCAUCAGCGUGUGGGAGAUAAUCGGCCAAGCGGAUGGUGGACUGUCAGUCCUGCGAACAUUUCGUCUGCUGAGGGUGCUGAAGCUCGUUCGCUUCCUGCCUGCCCUGAGGAGACAGCUGGUGGUGUUGAUGAAGACCAUGGACAAUGUGGCCACCUUCUGCAUGCUGCUGAUGCUUUUCAUCUUCACUUUCAGCAUACUGGGCAUGCACCUGUUCGGGUGUAAAUUCAGUCUACGGAUGGAGAAUGGAGACACCAUCCCUGACCGCAAGAACUUUGACACUCUGCUCUGGGCCAUCGUCACUGUAUUCCAGAUUCUUACCCAGGAGGACUGGAAUGUGGUGUUGUAUAAUGGCAUGGCUUCUACGUCUCCAUGGGCGGCUCUCUACUUUGUUGCUCUCAUGACAUUUGGCAACUAUGUCCUCUUCAACUUAUUAGUUGCAAUUUUGGUGGAGGGCUUCCAGGCUGAGGGUGAUGCCAAUCGCUCAGAGUCAGAUGACGAAAAGAAAUCGGACAACUUUGAAGAGGACGAAAAGGUAGAGCAGCUCAGAGACACCGAACUUAAGAUGUACUCUCUGAUGAUGACAGCAAAUGGUCACAUUGACCCUCGUGGGGCUAUGGCUCCGCCCAUUAUCAUGCACACCGCCGCCACACCAAUGCCCACUCCCAAGAGCUCCCUGGGACCCGAGUCCGUCCUGGGGGAAGAACUCUUUUACAGCGAGGGUAUCCCACAAUAUGGGGACGUCGGACUGGGUUUUUCCGAGGCAGGAAUUAGUCACGUGGAGUCCCGUCGAGGAAGCUCAACAUCUAUGGACCCGUCAGCUUAUGACCAGCGUUCUUUAAGCCUCUCAAGUCCCGGGCGGCGCUCCCCUCUUCCCCCGCGUGGAUCUGGAAGCUCGUGGGGAAGCCGCCGUUCCAGCUGGAACAGCCUGGGAAGAGCGCCCAGCCUCAAAAGGCGAGACACCAGUGGAGAGAGAGAGAGCCUGCUGUCUGGGGAAGGGGGAGAAGAGGACGACGGCCCCGUCGAACGGGGAGAGGCUGGGAUAAAUAACAGACUGAAACCGGGGUCCUUGGAGCUGCUGCAGGCGUCUACUCUCUGCCCUUCCAUAAUAGGAGAGUAUAGCGACUGCAAUGGGAGAACCAUGACUUACGACCCAAAUGUGAUCUCUGAACCCAGAGGCGACUUCUCGCCUGAGGAUGACAUAGACGAUGACAGUAAUUUCUGCUACUGGAUCAAAGGAGAGCUCCAAAACAUGAAGCCCCGCUGGUGCAAAGAGCAUGAAGAUUGGACGCUCUACUUGUUUUCUCCAGAGAACCCAAUCCGUGUGUGGUGCCAAAGUGUCAUCUCCCACAAGUUGUUCGACCAUGUGGUUCUGGUUUUCAUCUUCCUGAACUGCAUCACUAUUGCUUUGGAGAGACCUGAUAUAGACCAUAAAAGCAAGGAGAGACUGUUUCUGACAGUCUCCAACUAUAUUUUCACUGUGAUUUUCCUGGCAGAAAUGGCUAUCAAGGUUGUUGCUCUUGGCUUCUGCUUUGGGAAGCAGAGCUACCUCCAGUCUAGCUGGAACAUUCUGGAUGGAUUAUUGGUGUUUGUGUCUCUUGUCGACAUUCUGGUCUAUCUGGCAUACACCGGUGGAAACAGGAUCCUGGGCAUUCUCAGAGUCCUCCGUCUUUUACGAACACUUCGCCCGCUCAGGGUGAUAAGUCGAGCCCCAGGAUUAAAGCUGGUUGUGGAGACACUCAUCACCUCUCUUAGACCUAUUGGGAACAUUGUCCUGAUCUGCUGCGCCUUCUUCAUUGUCUUUGGCAUUCUGGGGGUCCAGCUGUUCAAAGGGAAGUUCUACCACUGUGAAGGCCUGGACACAAGAAACAUCACAAAUAAGUCAGACUGUCUGCAGGCCAACUAUCGCUGGAUACGACGAAAGUACAACUUUGACAACCUGAUUCAGGCUCUGAUGUCUUUGUUUGUACUGUCAUGUAAGGAUGGAUGGGUCAACAUCAUGUAUGAUGGACUUGAUGCAGUGGGAGUGGACCAACAGCCCACAAGAAACCACAACCCUUGGAUGCUACUCUACUUCAUCUCCUUCCUGCUCAUCGUCAGCUUCUUCGUUCUAAACAUGUUCGUUGGCGUGGUGGUGGAGAACUUCCACAAGUGCCGACAAGACCAGGAAGAGGAAGAGGCCCGUUUGCGGGAAGAGAAGAGGCUGAAAAUGAUAGAAAAAAAGCGCAGGAGUAAGGAGAAUGGAGGGGCUGAGGCCAAGCAGAGGCCUUACUAUGCGGACUAUUCGCCUGUGCGCCUGACCAUUCACACACUGUGCACCAGCCACUACCUGGACCUCUUCAUCACCUUCAUCAUCUGCAUCAAUGUCUUCACAAUGAGCAUUGAGCACUACAAUCAGCCCCAGUAUUUAGAGGAGGUUCUGAAGUACUGUAACUACGUAUUUACCAUCAUCUUUGUCAUCGAGGCUCUGCUCAAACUUGUUGCCUUCGGGAUCCACAGGUUCUUCAAAGACAGGUGGAAUCAGCUGGAUAUAGCUAUAGUGGCAUUGUCCAUCAUGGGCAUCACUCUGGAGGAGUUAAAAAUGAAAGCAGCACUGCCAAUAAAUCCCACAAUCAUCAGAAUAAUGCGAGUACUCAGGAUAGCACGAGUGUUAAAACUUCUAAAGAUGGCAAAAGGAAUGAGAGCCCUUCUGGAUACCGUCAUGCAAGCACUGCCGCAGGUGGGAAAUCUUGGUCUCCUCUUCAUGCUGCUCUUCUUCAUCUACGCAGCACUGGGAGUGGAGCUCUUUGGCAAACUGGAAUGCAAUGACAACAACCCAUGUGAGGGUCUGAGUCGCCAUGCAACCUUUGAGAAUUUUGGGAUGGCCUUCCUUACACUGUUUCGAGUGUCUACUGGAGACAACUGGAAUGGGAUUAUGAAAGACACAUUAAGGGAAUGCCUGCCAAGUGAAAGACACUGUCUCACGUACCUGCCCUUGAUCUCUCCCAUUUACUUUGUCACCUUUGUGCUGAUGGCCCAGUUUGUUCUGGUCAAUGUGGUGGUGGCUGUGUUGAUGAAACAUCUCGAAGAGAGCAACAAGGAGGCGAAAGAAGACGCAGAGAUGGAUGCAGAGAUUGCGCUGGAAAUGGAAAUGGAGAGGCAGCGGAAACAAAGCACAACCUCUAGCAGCAGCUCUGUCGGAGGCACCUAUGUAGGACCAUGCCCACAUUCACCAGGACAGGAAGAAGAGGUGCAGUACAACAACCAGGACCUGCUGUCCACAAGGAAGAUAUCAGUGUCCAGGGUGCAUUCUCUGCCAAACGACAGCUAUAUGUUUCGACCCGUGCGUCCUGCCAGCGCCCCCUACCCUUUGGAGGAAGUAGACGGCAGCCCCAAACACCAGCAUUCAGUCUCAGUGAUGUCAGUCCACUCCCCGCCCUGUGAGAGCCACUCUCUGCUGCAGGUUCCGGAUGUUUCCCCCGUUCACCCCCAGUCACCUCCCACCCUCACUAUGCCCCGUAUCGCCCCACCAGCACCGAGCCCUUCACCACGGGCCCUGCACAGACAGGUGGCAGUUAAGCUGGAUUCUGUGGAGUCCCAGGGGUGUGAGCAACACGAGAGGCCCAGCUCUACUAGUCUGCCUCCUCUGUCUCCUCCUUUCUCCUCCUCACCCCUGCCCAGUAUCUCCUCCAUUCUACCCAGCUCGCCUACCGCCUCUCCUCUCCCUCCGAUCUCAUCCUCCCCCUCGCCCACCCCGAUAACGCUGCUCCUCCCUCCACCCCCCUCCCCUCGUCUGCCCUCCCGCUCCGGCAGCCUUCGCCGCCCCCGGCCGCCCUCCGCCGUCUCCCUCUCCGACCCCGCAGACGAGGAGGUGUAUCACAUCACCAGCUCGGUCCGUCAGAGGUGGCGAGACGUGGAGGGCGGGGACCAGGAGGCCAGGCGGAGAGCCGGACGCAGCCACUCCCUGUCCCCGUACGCCUCGCCGUGCUCUCUGGACUUCGGCUCCUUGCCUCCUCCUCCUCCUCCCCCUCUACCGACUUCCUCCACAAGGAGCACGCUCAGUCUGCUCGGAGGAGGAUCGAAGGACAUCAAGAAAGGCUUCAGCGUCGACAACCAGGGCUUCCUGGACAAACCGGCGUCGGCGUCUGCCGGUUACCCCGACGACCAGCGUCGGCACUCCAUAGAGGUUUGCCUCCCGCAGGCCGUCAUCGCCAGCGAUAGCCAGCAUUUUACACUGGAGACCCACCGGUCAGAGAGAGGGGGCCAGGCAUUUCCCACGAGGGUGCAGUCCGUCGGAAGCAACCACAGAAAGAAGAAAAUGAGCCCCCCCUGCAUAUCCAUCCACCCGCCCUCAGAGAAGGAGCACGCCCAGAUGGCCUCGCCGCCAAAGCUGGCGGACUGCAGCAUGAUGCUGAGGCGCAGGACGCCGUCCUGCGACGCCGCGCCAAACCCGUACGCCCAGGAUUCAUCUGCAGACGCUCAGAUCCGGACGCAGAUGCAGCCGCCGCUGACGCCGAUCCAAGCUCACUCGCCGACUCACGCCCAGACCAACUCGCAAACCUCCACCCCGACACACACAAAGGCACCGCAUGCCUCCAUGCCAACGACCCCAAACGUCCCCGUCAGCCCCAACAUCUUCGUCCAGCCGCGUUCUCCCUUUCUCCAAAGCACCAUGUCCUUCUCGCAGACGCACACGCACUCUCUCUCCCCCGCCGCGAGGCACUCCCCCCUCGCGGGGGACUACAUCCCCCUCCCCCAGUUCACCUUCGACCAGCCACAGUCCAGGUACAUGAGCGGCCUGUCGGCCGGGAUCUCGGAGCCCGAAACGGCCCCCUGCUCCUCCCCUUUCGACAGCAGACUGGGAAGCGGCGCGGGGUUCAGCGCCAAGAAUCGGAGGACUGCCCAGUAAACACACGAACCUGUCAUUCAGGAGGUAGAUGAUUUGGUCGGAAAUCACUAGCUGGAGAAGAGGCGCCUCAGCUGACGUCAGCAGUGGAGAGAAUUGAAAAAAUGAGGAUGAGUGGGACAUUAGCAUUUUUUGCUUUUGUUUUCAUUUGCAAGGAAAAUAUACUAAUCACUCUUUUCCAGAGGGACAAGCGUUAGUGACUCUUCCGAGGAUAAACAGACAAUGCAUCGAUUUUUCUAAACCUCGCUCGAAAGACAAAAGAUCAACCGAGGCUGUACUUUUCAACUAUAGUACUCACUGUACAUGGUGUGUCUGUUCAGGACUGACGCCAGUCGCACACCAGGACUAAAGCCACUUUACUCUGUAGCCAAAGUUUUUUUCACACACUGUCCUCACCCACGCAAGCCAAUCAGGAAGCAGCGUCUGGCUGAUCACCACUGACCUUUCCGGGAAGUGGUCUGUGAAAUGCGAACGUGGGGGAUCGUGGGAUAUGCAACUUCAGGUUUUCUACAGAAGUUCCGCUUGCCCCUCCUCUGUUCCUCGAUCACAUUGAUCAGAGCAGAGGCGUGUGUGUGUGUGUGCGCGCGCGUGUGUGUGUGCGUGCGUGUUUUCUUUGUGAGUUUUGUCAAAAUUUGUCGUUACGGAAGUCAGCCAUGUUAUUGUUAAGCUUGUAACGACAGCGAGGGGAGUGGGGCAGAUCUGUAGUUUGUUUCUUUGUGUAUCUGCGCAGUGUAAAUAAAGGAAAAUACUGUAUUUGGUGAGAUUAAAAAUAGUUCUAUCCAUAUGCACAUAUUUUUAUAGAGGUCUAAAAUGUUUUUGCACACAAAUUUGAACUUCGAGUUGCUUGUUUUUCCUCUGUUGUCCUCUUGUGAAUGUAUGUUUCUUUAGAAAAAAAAAACUAAACCAUCUGAGAGCGGGGAAGGAGAUCAACCUCCUCCUUAAACUGCAAGUUGAAUUUGAGGAGAGGAAUUUUAUUUUUCUAUUUUGGAAAAGAAACAGAGGAGGACUGCUGUGUGAUGUGUUUCUGUAGAUUUGUCUCUGACUUAUACGUACUUGGUGUCAAAAGAACAUUCUUGUGAAGUGGGCUCAAUUUUGCUGGACAAAUUGAUUUUCCUUAUCUUUUUCCCCACUAUUUUAGCUUUAAAUUUAAAUAUAUGAUAUAUUCAGAUUUAGCAGUAAGAGCUGGGAAUGUUUUAUGAUUACACCCCACUGAGUGGCAUUGGACAGCUAAGGAAUGUUUGACUGGCAAAAAAAAACACAAAAAGAUGUCCAAAAUGGUCCAAAAGAGUUGUUGUGCCAUCAAUUUUAUUGGAAAUUUUCAGCAGGAAGACACAUUGUUCUGUUUUUACACUUUUACAGAGUAGAUAAGGCAAAUUUAGUGCUGCUAUUCAUAGAGAAUAUAGAAGUCCAGGCUUGAAUCCUUCAUAUUGGAUGAUAUUCCAGUUUUCGUCUUCUGAUCUCACAUCUAUGUGAAUCGCGUUGAAUGUUUUUGCCACUCUGUGGGUGUGUCAGGAAAGAUCAGCAGAGCUAGUGCAAACCCAUUAGUUUUCAACUUAAAUAAAAGUGAGUUCUUGACCUUCUUGAAAUAUGAAGUUGAAGAAAUUCUACUUUUAUGUCUUCAUCUGUCCGGGCAAAUAAGAAAGAAAAUUGAAAAAUACGCUAAACUUCCGAAUAUGUAUUUGGACUGCUGGCUAAGUGUCAGCUCACAUUAUGAACAGAAUCCAUUCUUGGUCCAGAGAAAAAGCAUCACUGAGCCGCUCUUCCAAGUUUGUUUUCCAGCUGGAUCAGCUGUCACACCUGUGUUUCUGUACAUCUAAAGACAACCAAACUAACUUUUAAAUAUGUGUAGCCAGAGUGCAAUAAUAAUAUAUACUUGUGGAAAAUAUAGUGACAUCCACACACAUUCUUGUAUUCAUACAUACUGUAGAACUAUAUAUAAUAUAAAACCAUUUUUAUAUGAUAACACAUUGAGAAUAUUUCUAUUUCUAGUGUUUAUGCUACUGUAGGUACUUGUGCCCGAACUGUGGCUGUGGUGGAGUGGGUGGGUGUUGCUGGAAGCAGUGUUCGGUACUGUAGAUUUUUCCAAAAGCUCAGGCCCACCUGCUGAUGGUUUUAAUGUAAGCAGAAGAAGGACAUGCAUCUCCGCUGAGGACUCAAUAAGCCAUUGAUCAUUCCUCUUUUUUUUCUUUGUCCUCUCACCCGCUAUUUCACAUUCAACAGUGCAUCCUAUUCCUUUCACACAUCACAGUUGAGUUAAAUGGACCUUCCCUCAGAUGGAAUCAGACAACCCUUAAGGUGGGAACAACAGAUUGUGAAAAGCGCCUUCCUUCUAGUGGUUGAAUGCUUGCUUAUCAAGCCAUAGUUGUAUUCUGAAACAGCACAAUAUGUGUUUAAUUCUCUCUUUGUCCACAAUCCGGUUUGGCCCCCACUUACAACGAGUAUGCUUGGAAGCUUCUUCAAGUCAACUGAAAUUUCUUUAGGCGCUAGCAGGGACAGCAUCGUUUCUUGUUUUCUUUUUCUUUUGCGAUCGGCAUGAAACAUUCACAAAUCCUCAGUAAUCUGAGUGAAAACCAAAGUGCUUUGAUGCUGUACCAUGACUGAAAGCUUUGUCUUACAAUUUAUUGUCAAAUAUCCAAUUUCAGCUUUUCAUAACAGCCAAAGUCAGUUUGUGCAGGUCAGUAACAUUUGAAAUGAUACAAAAGCUCAAUUCUGAGUUUUUCUUUGAAUUUGUUAAAAAGCUACCUUUGAAUUUAGGUUUAAGAUAUCUAAAUUCACAACAAAAAGGGCCAUUUCAGUUUACUAAUGCUUGCAGAGACCAUUAUAAAUCAGCAAAUUAAAGGUUUAUUGCUCCCAUUUUUGGGUUCUCGGUAGUUUCCUCUCUCCCUCACCGUAUAGUAUGCAUGUUAAGGGCAGAAAACAGAACUGCGUGUCAGCCUCAGUUUUUGCAGGUGGCUCAAAACUUUUGUCUUUGCCCUAAAUCAGCACCUCCUGAUUGAUUCUUCCUCAGGCUGUGAAAUCAAAUGGAAGUGGAGAUACGGAGGCCUGAUAUAUGUUGGCAUCUUCGUAGAAAAUCACAGGUUGAAAGUGUUGUUGUAUAUUGUAUGAGCACUCUUCUUCCAGCUUUGUCACAGUCAAACAUAUCCGGUAUUGGGCUUGGAGAAGCAGCCCCUCCUUCCUGAACAUGGUAUAGUUUGUCAUCAACCCAUUUCCCUUAUUUGAUUUUUUUUUUCUCUUGUGGUACCAUAUGUGCAUCAACAUGUCAAUAUUGUACAACUGCUUCAUCCUGUUUCUUGUCCUCUUACUGCACAGAUUGUCAGCAGUGGGAGAUUUAAAGUAGUCUGGUGACAGCUUCUUUCUGUAACUGCAGACAUUGCUUAUUUAAAGCAUAUUGCCCUAUUAAUCAACACCAUUUGGUAGAGUGACUGCGUAAUUGUUCUUACGAUUUGCAGAUCUUUAGAUCUCAGUCUUUAAAUCCUGUUUUUGAAGAAACAGUUUUGAUUAUUGCAUGUUCUGAUUCAAGAAAAAAAAAACUUUUGGGAAAGAAUCAUCUGGAUGUUUUGGAGAUUUUGAUAUUUGCAUUUUCAGAUGUUUCCAUUUGUAGAUUGACUACCUAAUUGCACUGGGCUCUUAUUAAUUGGUAUCUGAUGAAAUACUGAUUAAAUGACCUUAUUCUUUACUGUCCAAUGCAAUACUGGGUGGUUAUUCACGGUAUGAGGACCAUUCUCCUCUUUAUACGGUUUUAUAGAGAGAAAUGGAAACUAAGUCGGUUCUGUUUUGUUUAGAACCAGUUUUGUCGAAGUAAACGAGGUGAACAUUUUUUUCACUUUUCCGUAUAAUAAUUUGAGCCUAGUGGAACUCUGAUAAUGGUUAAAAUAAUUAUCUGAUGUAUAUUUUAUGUAGGAGUAGCCUCCAGCCUAAAGCUCUGUGAAGAACCGACCAGAUUAUUAAUAAGUUGCAUUUUCUGGGUUGACAAAGAGCUGUUCAUCAUGCUUUUAAACGCAAGACCCAGAAGGUUUUAACACUGACAAACAUUUAUAUGAAUGAAAAAGAAGCUUUCUGUCUUUCUUUUUCUCUCUUUCUUUCUUUCUUUCUUUCUUUCUUGCUGGCUUUCUUGCUGUCUUUCUGUCUCUCUUUCUUUCCGUCUAUCUUUCUUUCAACCCUUCUGUGAUUGGUCCGCCCACCCACCCCCCGAGGCCUUACAAAGAGGGGAGAAGGUGCACAUGUUCUGUCUGUCAGAGGAGAGCCAGUGUGUCUGCAAUAAGUCCUCCAUGGCGUGUUGUACCCUCAUAUCAGAGGGAAAAGGGAGGGGAUGGGUGGUGUUCAAAGCUUCAACACACGGGCAGAUGCGAUCUAUUGUACAAUUGCUGAUUAUUACGGUGUGUGAUGACCAACCUUUGUCCUGAAGGAUGUUUCCCUGUCAAUUAAAGAAUACAAGGGUUUUCCUUUUUUUUAUUCCCAACGCAGUCUGCUUAGCCUCUUGUGUUGA